AUGGAGAGGGACCAGGGCCAGGUGUUAGAGCUGAACACUGAGCAAUCAUCUGUCCAACCUCAGAUACUGGCAGUAGCAGGCCAGGAGACAAAGCAUUGCAAUACUCUGGCAUUGGGGUUCUCUGAGCUGGGUCACCACAUCUUGCUAACCAGAAUUCUCCUUAUAGAGGAUGGCAUUCCUGCAGCAUUUACAAGCGCCAAGUCUAUAUUUAGCAGGAAGGCCCUGGUGAAGAUGCAGCCCCUGAAGGAUGUCGUGGGAAACGACACAUACAGAAUAAACAAUAAAUAUGAUGAAACUUAUCCUCCUCUCCCCAUGGAGGAAGUCAUGCAGCGGUCAGAGAUUGUUAUUGGACAAGAGGUGGAUUAUGACAUACUUGUCAACAACUGUGAGCAUUUUGUGACUUUGCUUCGCUAUGGAGAAGGAGUUUCAGAGCAGGCCAACCAAGCAAUAAGUACCAUUGGGUUUGUGACAGCUGCUGCUGGUGUCUUCUCACUCCUGGGCUUGUUUCCAAAAAGACAAAGAGCAAAAUACUAUUAACAAUUUACUGAAGAGAUAUUGGAACUGAAGGAAUUUGUGAGGAGGGAAAAGAAAACUGGGAAUACUUAUUUUCGAUGCAUCAUUAUUGUUCAAAAUUCCAGUGAUGGAUGGCAGCCUCUUUAAUAAAUUGCUUACUGAUGUUAUCUCA